AUGAAGAUUGGAAUUGUGGCAUUCCCUUUACUUAUGAUUGCUCUUAGAAGCAAGUCUGCUGAUGCUUUUAAAUCAAAUACUUUGGAAACAAAAAUUAAUUAUGGCAUUCUAAAUAAUUAUGAAGAGUUGUUAAAAAUAGCAAGAUGCCAAUAUUGCUUAACAGCCAUCAAACCUGCUGAAGAAGAAAAAUGUGAUGCCAUAAUGAAUGAAUGUAGAAAUAUGUUAACUGAUAAAGAACUUGGACUUUUAUUAAAAGCCAUAACAGGUGAUAAUGGAAGUAAGAAAUCUGUAUAUAUUCAUGGAAAGCAUAGUAAUACAUUAAGAAAAAUUAUUAAAGUUUUAGAAGCACAAUCAAAAAAUAUUGAAUCAAUAAAAACUAUUGUACGUGGUAUUAAAAAAAAUGGUGGUUCUAAGUUAAAAGCUAGUGGUCCCAAUAGCCAAGAAUUAGCUAAAUUAAACACAAACAUUCAAAAUAUAAAAAAAGGUUUCCAAUUUUUAAGUAAUAAUUUCAACACAAUUAAUAAACACAUUAACACACCAAAUAAUGAUAUGUCCCAAAUUUAUAACAAAAUAGUAAACUCAGCCAAUCCUGAGGAAUUAUCAAAAUCAAUAGAAAAAAUAGAUUCAACAGAAGAAUCAAGCGAAGGUUUCAAUGAUAUUAUAAAAUCAAGUGUUCAAGAUAUUUUUGAUGAAGGAGAAACUAUAAUGAAUGUAGUUAAAACUGUUUUAGUACAAGAAAGUGAUGGAAUUGGAAAUGAUUUAGCAGGAUUAAUUGAAAAAGGAAAAGAAAUCGGAGAACAAAUUGUAAGCAUUGAAGGAAUACUAUCUCCACAAAAUGGAUUAUUUAGUGGUGGUCUCCCAUCAUUAGAUAAAUUAUACAAAUUAACAAUUAACUUAUCAUCUUAUGAAGAGUUGUUAAUUAAACUUAAGGAUGUAGUAUUAUCCAAAUUAAAAGAUAUCUUAUUAAGAUUGUUAUAUAAAUCAUAUAUAACUUACAGAAAAAAUAAAGCAAUCGAAUUAGGAGAAGAAGAAAUAGCAAUAGUUAGCGAAGAUGAAUAUUUAGAUGAGUUGAAAAAAGGUGUAUUACAAUUAAGUAUGAAAUUAUUAUAUAGCAAAGUCAAAAGAUUAUUAACUAAAAUUAAAAACAAAAUAUUCUAUAAAAAGGUUAAAGAAAUUUCCCCUGAAUCAUUACCAAUUGAAAUUCCAGAAUAUGAUUAUGAUGACGAUGAUGAUGUUAUUGUUGGUGGUGAAUCUAUUCCAUUCAAUAAAUCUUCAUUACAUACUAAAUUAUUCAGAGGUACUUCAUCUCCAGAAAAAGCUAUAUUAUCUAGAAUCGAUAAGAUGAUUAGUGAAAUCGAUUUAUACGAAGAAGUAUUAUCUACUGAUAAAUCUACAGAUGUUGAAGAUGAUGAAAUGUUAUCAGUUGUCGAAGCUAUGGAUGAAACCGAAUCCGAUGAAGCUGAAUUAUCAAAUGAACAUGUACAGAAAAUUAUCAAUGAAAACAUUGCCAUAGAAGCUAUCAAUGAUUUACUUAAAAUCGAUGGAGCUGCAAUAGAAGGUAAUGAUUCACAAAAUAAAUCACAUAAUUUAAUCGCUGAUAUUGAAAAAGAUGCUAACGCUCUAAGCAACAAUUCAGAAACCUCUGACAAUAUCAUGAAAAAAAUCGUUGUAUAUGUUAUAAAAGAAAAAUUAUCUGAUUUAGCAAAAGAAUUAUCAGACAAUAAAUUAGAAGACGCAUCUAAAACCCCAGAAUCUUCAGAUAAUGUAACUCCAAAAAAUACUCCAGUUCCAACUCAAGCAUAA